AUGCUUAAAGCAAAGAAAAGUCCUUUAUUGCCUCCGCUAAAGCUGUUUCGUGAGAUACUUAGAGCUCAUAGACAACUUCCCGCAUUGCAAAGAUCCUUAGGUGAUAGUUAUGUCAAACAGGAGUUUAAACUACACAAGAAUACGGAUAACCCAAUCCACAUUGUUGGUUUUCUACAAAGCUGGCAAGAUUACCUUCAAAUGAUCUCUGACGGCCAGUGGAAAGAUUACAAGUUAUCCAAACAGGAACUAGACAAAAUGUCACCUGAACAGGUCGGCCAGCUAUAUGAGUUGAUGAAAGAGACACAGAACUUCUAG